AUUAUGUAACAAGGACAUAGGGAAACUCAGUCUUCCACUAACUACAUAGAUUGCACUAAACAAGUCUCAAUUAGGAGUAAAUUGUAGUCUUCAUCUCACACAAGCAGUCUUCAUCUCAUAGAAUAACAAAAAAAUCUCAUAAUGGCAGAAAUAGCGGUGUCUUUUGCUAUUGACCAAUUGCUUCCACUGUUAACAGGAGAAAUCAAUCUGCUCAAAGGUGUUCACAAGAAAUUUUCAGAUAUUAAAGAUGAACUGGAGAGUAUCCGAGCCUUCCUUAAGGACGCUGACAGAAGAGCUACAGCUGAGGGAGACGGCACAAGUGAAGGAGCCAAAAUGUGGGUGAAGCAGGUUAGGGAAAUAGCUUUUCGCAUAGAAGAUGUCAUUGAUGAUUAUAUGAUCCAUGUGGGGCAGCAACCUCGUGAUUCCCGAUGCGUUUCUCUACUCCAUGAUAUUCCUCACUUGCUCAAAACUAUGAAUUCUCGCCGUCAAAUAGCGUUCAAGAUUCAAGAGAUUAAGUCAUUUGUUUGUGGGAUCAAAGAAAGAAGUGAAAGAUAUGGUUUCCAAAUCCAACCUUCUUCUCAACAAGGAUCUACAAGCUUUAGAGGAAGCCAAACUGCCAAAUGGCAUGACCCUCGAAUGGCUGCUUUAUACAUUGAUGAAGCGGAAAUUAUAGGCUUUCAAGCACCCAAAAAAAGAUUAGUAGAUUGGUUGGUAAAGGGAAGAUCAGAGCGCACUGUCAUAUCUGUCGUGGGAAUGGGAGGGCAAGGAAAAACUACUCUUGCUAAAAAAGUUUUUGACAGCAAAGAGGUUGUUGGACACUUUGAAUGUCGUGUUUGGAUCACAGUGUCACAAUCUUACAAUAUAGAAGUGUUGUUGAGACGCAUGUUGAAGGAGCUUUACAAACAAAAAGGAGACAAUCCUCCUCAAGAUAUCACUGAAAUGGAUCGAGGCGCAUUGAUUUCUGAGCUGAGAAAAUACUUGCAGAAAAAGAGGUAUGUUUUUGUGUUUGAUGAUGUAUGGAACAAAAGUUUUUGGGAUGAGAUUGAAUAUGCUGUUGGUGAUCAUAAAAAUGGGAGUAAGAUAUUUAUUACAACAAGAAAUAUGGAUGUUGCGGUGUAUUGUAAGAAAUCUUCUUUUAUUGAAGUGCAUGAACUACAUCCUUUAACAGUAGAACAAUCUUUUGAGUUGUUUAAUAAGAAGGCCUUUCAAUUUGACUUUAAUGGAUGUUGUCCAAAAGAGCUCAUUGAUAUAUCUUCCGAAAUUGCUAGAAAAUGCAAAGGUUUACCGCUGGCAAUUGUGGCUAUUGGCGGCCUUUUAUCUACAAAGGAGAAAAAUGCAUUUGAAUGGCAAAGAUUUAAUGAAAAUAUAACUUUAGAGUUAAAUAAUGAUUCCCAUUUAACCGGGAUAAAAAAAAUACUUGGUUUCAGCUACGAUGAUUUGCCUUUUUAUCUUAAGUCAUGUUUGUUGUAUUUUGGAAUAUAUCCAGAAGAUUAUGAAGUUGAAUCAAAGAGAGUGAUACGGCAAUGGAUAGCUGAAGGUUUUGUGAAAGAAGAAAGGGGGAAAACUUUGGAAGAAGUUGCAGAAGGAUAUUUAACAGAGUUGAUUCGCCGAUGUUUGGUACAAGUAUCCUCAGUUAGAAUUGACGGAAAAACUAAAAGUUGUUGUGUCCAUGAUUUAAUACAUAUGAUGAUCCUUGAAAAGUGUGAGGAUUUAAGUUUCUGCAAGCAUAUUAGUGCAGAUGGCCAUUCAUCUAUAAGUGGAAUUAUUCGACGCCUAUCAAUAUCAGCUAAUUCCAAUGAUUUAGCAACAUGUAUUGAAAACUCAUAUGUUCGGUCACUAUUUCUUUUCACAAAUAAAUCAAAUUUUUUAGAUGAAAACAUUAUAAGUAGAAUCUUGACAAAACACAGGCCACUGAAGGUGCUUGAUUUUCAAGAUGCCAUAUUACUUAUUGAUUAUAAAAAUUUGGGAAGUCUGGUCCACUUAAAAUAUUUAAGCUUCAGGAAUUCUACUAAGAAUUGUGGUUGGCUUCUAGCUAGUGUUAUGGAGAUUCAGAUUUCUCCAAGUGGACUUAUGCCUCAACUUGCUCUUAAAAAGUAUUCCUUUCACGGUAUAAGGUCAUAUAAACAUAAGUCUCAAGGAAUAUGUACAUUUUUCAUAUCAAAUAAACACAAAUCAGAAAUGGCAGAAAUGGCAGUGUCUUUUGCGGUUGACCAACUACUUCAUUUGUUAAGGGAAGAAGCUGGUCUGUUGAAAGGCAUUCACAACGAAUUUGCAAACAUUAAAGAUGAACUGGAGAUCAUCCAAGCCUCCCUUAAGGAUGCUGAUAGAAGAGCUGCCGCUGAAGAAGACAGCAAUAAUGAAGGAGUCAAAUCGUGGGUGAAGCAACUUAGAGAAGCAGCUUUCCGCAUAGAAGAUAUCAUUGAUGAUUAUAUGAUCUAUAUGGAACAGCAGCCUCGUGAUCUCGGAUGUCUAGCUUUACUCCAUAAGAUUGCUUACUUACUCAAAACAAUGAAAGAUCGCCAUCAAAUUGCAUCCGAGAUUCAAGACAUUAAGUUAUUUAUUCGUGGAAUCAAGGAAAAAAGCCACAGAUAUGAGUUCCAAAUCUUGCCUUCUAAUGAACAAGAAUCAAGAAGCUUCAGAAAAAGCCAAAAUGUUAAAUGGCAUGACCCUCGAACGGCUGCUUUAUACAUUGGUGAAGCAGAAAUGGUAGGCCUUCAAGCACCAAGAAAACAAAUGAUUGGUUGGUUGGUAGAGGGAAGAUCAGAGCGCACUGUCAUCUCUGUGGUAGGUAUGGGAGGGCUAGGAAAAACCACUCUUGCCAGAAAAGUGUUUGACAGCAAAGAGGUAGCGGGACACUUUGAAUUUCGUGUAUGGAUCAAAGUGUUGCAAUCAUACUAUACAGAAGGGUUGCUGAGAGGCAUGUUGAAUGAGCUUUACAAACAAAAAGGAGAAGAGCCUCCUAAAGGUAUCUCGAAAAUGGAUGGGUCGUUGAUUUCUGAGCUGAGAAACUACUUGCAACAAAAGAGGUAUGUUUUCGUUUGGGAUGAGAUUGAAAAUGCAUUGAUUGAUAAUAAAAAUGGGAGUAAGAUAUUUAUUACAACAAGAAAUAUGGAUGUUGCCAUAUAUUGUAAGAAAUCUUCUUUCAUUGAAGUGUAUGAAUUGCAACCUUUAACAAAUGAACAAUCUUUUGAGUUGUUCAACAAGAAGACAUUUCAGUUUGACAACAAUGGAUGUUGUCCAAAAGAACUCAUUGAUAUAUCUUUUGAAAUUUCUAGAAAAUGCAAGGGUUUACCGCUGGCAAUUGUUGCCAUUGGUGGUCUAUUGUCUACAAAAGAGAAAAAUGUAUUUGAGUGGCAGAAAUUUUGUAAAAAUAUGACUUUAGAGCUAAAGAAAGAUUCUCUUUUGGCCGGGAUAAGCAAAAUUUUAGGAUUCAGCUACAAUGAUUUGCCUUUCUAUCUUAAACCAUGUUUCUUAUAUUUUGGAAUGUAUCCCGAAGAUUAUGAAGUUGGAUCGAGGAGACUGUUUCGACAGUGGGUAGCUGAAGGAUUUGUGAAAGAAGAAAGGGGGUAUACCUUGGAAGAAGUUGCAGAACGAUAUUUAACUGAGUUGAUCCAUAGAAGUUUGGUUCAAGUAUCUUCAGUUAGAAUUGAUGGAAAAACUAAAAGUUGCUGUGUUCAUGAUCUGAUACAUAUGAUGAUCCUUGAAAAGAGUGAGGAUAUAAGUUUCUGCAAGCAUAUUAGUGAAGAUGAUCUUUCAUCUUUAUUUGAAAUCAUUCGACGCCAUUCAUUAACAACCUAUUCCAAAGAUUUUCCGGCAUGUAGUGAAAAUUCACAUGUUCGGUCACUAUUUCUUUUCAAGAAUGGAUCACAACAAAUGGAGGACGACCACUUCAUGAGGAGAAUCUUAACAGAAUACAGACGGUUGAAGGUGCUUAAUAUUGAAGGUGCUAUGUUUCUUAAUCUUAAUGGGAAUAUGGGAAGUUUGAUCCACCUGAAGUAUUUAAGCUUCUAUGGUUCUUAUAUUGAAGUAGCAUACCCUGAAAUUCUGGAAUCGAUUGGCAUGCUCCAAAACAUGGAGACCCUGGAUCUAAGGGUUAGUUCUUAUUUCCAUAAGCUGCCAAAGGAGAUUAGCAAUUUUAGAAAGCUACGACAUCUUCUGGGAAGAGGUAUGUCUUUGUUACAGUUGAAGGGCGGUAUCGGAGGCAUGAAAUAUUUAGAAACAUUGAGUAAAGUGCGGAUAGAUGAGGAUGGAAUAGAGUUAUUGAGAGAGCUCGAAAAUCUGAAGAAGUUAAGGAAAUUGGGUUUGGAUAAUAUUCAGAGAGAGCAUGGGAGCGCGUUAUCUUCCUUAUUGAAGGAGUUGCGGCACUUGGAGAAACUACACAUCGUGGCAAAAAGUUACAGAUAUUUUUUAAAUGAGGUUAUUGAUAUCCAUUUGGAAUCACCCCCGCCAGUGCUUCAAAAUCUAAAACUGAAUGGAGUGUUGAAUAAGUUCCCAAGGUGGAUUCUUCGGCUUCAAAAUCUUCUUAAGUUGAAGUUAGUAGGCUCCAGGUUAACUGAUAAUCCAAUAGAACAUUUAGAUAAAAUGUCAAACUUAUUGUCUCUCUCAAUCAUUAACAAAGCUUAUAAAGGUGAAAUUUUACAUUUUCAUGAUGGAGGGUUUCAAAAUCUAAAGGAACUAUACAUUACAGACUUGCCUGACUUGAAUUCGAUCGUCAUUGAUGAAGGAGCAUUACCUUCUCUAAAAAAGUUCCAGUUAUCUCGUAUCCCCAACCUUGAGACGGUUCCUGCUGGCAUCCGGUACUUAAAAAAGCUUGAAGUUCUCAAUGUUUUUGGAGUGCCCCAUGUAGAAAUGUAUCCUAAACUUUAAGGAGAAAUCAUACAUCGUCCAACUUCAACGGGGAGAACAGGUAGCUUGCUUCCACUGUGAUGGAAACUGAAUUCUCCAAGUGGAUUUUACAACAGUGGCAUCUUUAUGUUCAUGCUUUGGCACUUCUGUUCCCAGUGAAAAAAAUAAUAAUGUGUUCUCUUUCUUUAAUGAAACAUCAAAGUUAUUGAUUCAAGAUAGUUUCGUUAUUUUAUUUGAGAUUUGAGUUGUUUGUGAUAUAUCAUGCAUGGGAUGUGUUGUAAGAGCUUUCCAUUCAAUGUUUGUGUUGCUACUUGCUAGACCUUAUUUCUUUGUUGAUUUCCCUUCUAUUUAAAUAGAAUAAACAAAGUGAAGUUUUAUGUAA